AUGAAAUUUGUUAUGAUGAUUGUCACACGUUUUCUUCAUCUUGGUAAUCUUGAUGAGGCUGCUGAUUCGUAUUUCAAUGAUACUCCUCUGUCAGAAUGGUCAUACUUAGGUUUCUUAGAAGUGUUGAAACCAGUAUGGACAAAAGCGAUUUUGAGUUGCACAGCCUUGAAGGGGUGCUGUUCCUACUUCGAGGUAUGGGGUGCUGUUCCUACAGUGCAAUAUCCUGCUGUUGCACAGCUCUGGGGGGUGCUGUCCCUACCUGGAGUGAUGGGUGCUGUUCCUAGUGAUGAAACGCACAGAGUAAAGAAAUUCUGGGAGCAUGUUAAUCUUGAUAAACAAGUGGCAAAUGAACAGAUCAUUGUCAAAAAGAAAACAGAAUUAGACACAAUAAAGAUCAAAAUCAGUGAAAACAAAGAGUCAGUUGAAGAAGGUACCUCCCAAGAAGAUUUAUUAAACUCUGUGACUGAAACCUUAAUUACUUUUGGAAAACUCAAAUUUCCAAUAUAUUACGAUAAACUCAAAACUAUACAGAACACCAGCAAUGUUGAGGCAAAUUAUUAUGUUAUUGAUAUGGGAGAUAAGGAUACAUUAAAUCAGGUGCAUGAACUUUUGAGUGAGAAUGAAUUGAGAUCUUUGUUUGAGAGGCUAAUAUUAAAAGAUGAAGAUGAAUAUAUGAGUGCAGAGGCACGUAGUUACAUGGAAUUGUUUGAUCAGAUUGUGGAAGAGGAGGGUUGGGAUGAUUUAGUUUAUGAUGAUCAGACAGAAGAUAUGGAAGGUGAUAAUAAAAUCAAUAAAUACACAACUAAUUUUAGAAACAUUGAAGAGUUUGAGAAAGUCUCAGAAGGUCCUAAUAAUCCGGACCCGGAUAAGGUUAAUGUAGACAGAAAGAAGUUGAUGGAUGAGGGUGUUUUUGUUCUUAAUAAGUUUAUGAUAAGCACUGAAUUAGCAACAUGGAAAGUGUGUGAAAUGUUGAAUGUUUUCCUGGACCAAGGAUUUGCUGAUAAAAUCGAAAUUGGCCAAUUGAUAUUUAUUGGACCCGGCUUGUACUUAUUUUCACCAUUUACAAUUCCAGCUCUUACUAUCCCAACUUCCUUUAUCAAUUUAGAACAUGCACCUAGACUUGUCCGAACACUCUUAUGUUUACGAUACAACAUUAUUAAAAAAAUCAAGUGGUAUAAGGAAUUCUCAAAGGAAAGACAGCGACUUAUUGCAAAACCUAAAACUAAAUACGCAACUGGAUUCUCACCAGAUUGGCCAAAAGCUGUGACAUUUGAAAAUUUUUUACCCAAAAUCUCAAAAGAAACGAAUAGGGGAAGGGGAAGUAUGAGAGGUCAUGGUAAGGGAGUAUAG